UGGCUGUGAUGUAGAACUGCCACCCAGAGAGCCGAGGGUGUGUGUGUGUGUGUGUGUGUGUGUGUGUGUGUGUGUGUGUGUGUGUGUGUGCGCGCGCGUUACUGCGCGCGCGGCCGGAGACGGCGGAUUCCCAUCACAACCAAGAUGGCGGCGGAGCGGACAGCCGGCUCGGCUCAGUGACUGACAGACACAAGAAGCCUCGUAUCGGUUGGACACCUAACGGUUAGACUCUGAGAGGAAAAAAAAAAAAAACAUAAAAUAAAAACAACACCCGCGCAGGUCACCUCACCUUUUCGGUACCGACAGUGCUGUGAUGAACCAACACCGGUAGACGACACCGGCCGAAGUUGCGUGUUAGGACUAAUUUGACGUCCACAAGCGGGGGCAGUUGGCGGGGAUGGGAGAUGAUGGAGGACAAAGGCCCUCGUGUAGCCGACUACUUUGUGGUGGCUGGUCUGACGGAUCCGUCCAAGCCGUUGGACCAGGAGAUCCACUUUGAUGAUGUCUGCCACAAGACAGCCAAGCCUAAGGCGCCCAUCACCGAUGUGGCGGUGGUGAUUCGCUCGAUGGGCGAGGAGGUGCCGCCAGGGUUCACUUGCAUAGAGGAAACACCAACCGGCCUUUCGGCUGAUCUUAACAAUGGCGGCCUCAUGGCGCCCCAGAUCUUCCUGUGCUACAGGCGGGGUCGUGACAAGCCACCACUCACUGACCUGGGCGUGCUGUAUGAGAUGAAGGAGCGACUGAAGCAGGGCUGCCACCUCAUCCAGACCACACCCUCCGGUCGUCCAGCCAACAUCAGCGGCAAUUCCUCCCAGCGGAUCUACGUAACCUACCGCCGGGCGCCUGAGAGCCAGCCGCACACCGCCCUGGCCGUCACCGACAUCUGCAUCAUCAUCCCGAGCAAGGGAGAGACGCCCCCACACACCUUCUGCAAAGUGGAGAAGAAUCUCAACAGCAGCAUGUGGGGCUCCUCUGUCUACCUGUGUUAUAAGAAGUCUGUGGCCAAAACCAACACAAUAGCCUACAAAGCAGGUUUAUUCAGCAGAUAUCCAGAGGAGGACUAUGAGUCAUUCCCUCUGCCAGAGUCUGUCCCUCUCUUCUGCCUUCCUAUGGGGGCCACAAUCGAAUGCUGGCCAGCUAACACCAAAUACUCCCUCCCUGUUUUUUCCACCUUUGUCCUCACCGGAGCCUCUGGAGAGAAGGUGUACGGUGCUGCCAUUCAGUUCUAUGAGACCUACCCGCAAGAGUGUCUGACUGAUCAGCAGCGCUCCCAGCUGGGUCUCCUGAGCCCAGAUCCACACAAACCCUCCUCCUCCAACACUACGGUGACAGCCACCAACAGCACCACUAACAGCACCACCACCCCACGCUCAGUCUACACCAACAAGUGUAUCUGUCUGCUUUCCCACUGGCCCUUCUUUGACGCUUUUCGCAAGUUUCUCACAUUCCUCUAUCGCUACUCCAUCUCCGGUCCUCAUGCCCUGCCCAUCGAGAAGCACAUCUCUCAUUUCAUGCACAAAGUUCCCUUCCCUUCCUCUCAGAGGCCUCGCAUCCUGGUGCAGCUUUCCCCUCAUGACAGCUUGAUGUUGAGCCAGCCAGUGUCUUCUCCUUUACCACUCAGUGGUGGUCGAUUUUCCAUGCUGCUCCAGAACCUCGGACCAGAAAACGCCGUCACCUUGCUGGUGUUUGCUGUCACUGAACAUAAGAUCCUGGUCCACUCGUUACGACCCGCCGUACUGACCAGCGUCACUGAAGCUCUGGUGUCUAUGAUUUUCCCGUUCCACUGGCCGUGCCCGUAUAUUCCUCUGUGCCCCCUGGCGUUGGCUGACGUGUUGAGCGCCCCCUGUCCAUUCAUUGUAGGAGUGGACUCCCGCUACUUUGAUCUUUAUGACCCCCCACCAGACGUGAGCUGCGUGGACCUGGACACAAACACCAUCUUCCACAAUGAAGAUAAGCGAGCCCUCACAUGGAAGAUCCUGCCAAAGAAAGCCUGUAAAAACCUAAUGAAUGUGCUGAGCAAUCUCUACCAGCAGCUGGUUGACGGUCAGUACCGUCCUGAUGGGCUGCUGGAGCUGAGCAUGAGUGAUUCGUCAGAGCUGAGCUGCGGGAAGAGCCUCCACAUGCUGGAGCUGGAGAUCCAGGAAGCCUUCCUGCGCUUCAUGGCAGCCAUUUUGAAAGGCUACCGUUCAUUCUUACGACCUAUCACCCAGGCACCUUCUGAGAAAGCCACAGACGCUAGCUCGCUUUUUGACUUGCAAGGGUUCUUGAAGAGCCGCGACCGCUCACACCAGAAGUUCUACACGCUGAUGACCAAAACCCAGAUGUUUAUCCGCUUUAUUGAGGAAUGCUCCUUUGUCAGCGACAAAGACGCCAGUCUGGCCUUCUUCGACGACUGUGUGGACAAAGUGGACAGUGACAGGCCGGAGGAGACCAGGCUGAUAGAGAUUGAUGAAUCCCAGCGCAGUGAGCACACAGUCUUUAUCACACCUCCAGAGCUGCCUCCUCUGCCUGAGGGGGAGGAAUAUCCACUAUGCUACAGGUACGAUGGUUUCCCAGUGUUAAGUCUUGACCUGUUUGACCCUGUGGAGGGCCUGCGGACCCCUUCCUCCCGCCUCGCUGCCAGGCACAGCUGUCCCACCAGCCCUGCCCCCAUGUUUAGACGUACAAAGCAGGAGAUCAAAUCAGCCCAGAAGAUAGCCAAGAAGUACUCGUCCAUCCCCCAGUUGUGGUCCAAGUGCCUGCUCCGUCACUGCUACGGCCUGUGGUUCAUCUGUCUGCCAGCAUACGUGAAGGUGUGCCACUCCAAGGUACGGGCACUUCGCACCGCCUACGAUGUCCUCAGGAAGAUGCAGGCAAAGAAAUUGCAGCCCCCUGACGAGGUCUGCUACCGGGUGCUGAUGCAGCUGUGCGGACAGUAUGGCCAGCCUGUCCUGGCAGUCAGGGUCCUCUUUGAGAUGAAGAAGGCUGGAGUCCACCCUAAUGCCAUCACUUACGGCUACUAUAACAAGGCGGUGUUGGAGAGCACGUGGCCCUCCAGCACCAGAGGAGGAUACUUCCUGUGGAUGAAGCUGAGAAAUGUCGUUCUGGGCGUGGCGCAGUUCAAACGGGCGCUGCGGCGACACGCUCCCCUCACCCAGAGCCCUCUGUCAGAUGGCAGCGACCUGGACGCUGUGAGUCACGGCAGCCUGGAUAGCUCUGCCGACACUAACCUGGCCGAGCAGGGCCCCUACGCCACUGACUCCGUCACAGUAGACCCCACUGAUGAUAGAUCUAGCACAGGGGAUCAGUCAGAUUUGGGUUAUAACUCACUGUCCAAAGAGGAGGUUCGGAGAGGAGACCCCGGCGCCCAGGACAUGGCCCCUGACAAAGAUGACAAGAAGGAGAGCGACUGCAGCUCCUUGUCCGAGACAGAGAGCGCCAAGGGAAGUAAAGACUGCCUCCCUCAGCUGGACAUGGAGGUCCAUUCCUCCUUCAAAUCCCGUGGCAUUGUUCGCAGCAGCUGUCCAUACGACGAUUCAUCCUGUAAACCCAAGAGCUCCGCCAGCACAGGCCACGUUGCAGGUCUCCUCUUCACUUUCUCCCUGGAUGAGAUCGGUGAGGUCCAGACCAACAGUUUGCUCAGGAGACAUAAGAGUGCCCUGGAGGAGGUGGUGGGCAGCGCCAGCAGCGGCUCAGCUCUUGACUGGCAGGGCGUGAGGAGCCGCCGGCUGAGCGGCGACACGGUGGGCAGCAGCAGCAGUGGCACCACUGUCCUCGGCCUGGGUAUGAGCCAGGGUGAAACCGACCCAGAUAAGAUCGCAGAACAUUUGGGCGCAGAUGUCAAAAUUCUCUCUGGUGCCAACUUCAAUAAGAAGAGGCCUCGGUCACUGGCUCUGGGUGGAUUAGAGGGGGCGGCUGCUAAGGCAGGCGCUGCCAGGAGUCAUGAUCACAGGGAGGAGAAAGAGGAGAUGGAGAGACAGGACUCCAGUGAUGAGGACAGAAGUAAUACAGAGGCAAUUUUUGAUUUGGAGGAUCUGGAUUUAGACAAGCCUGCCACAAAGGCUGGCAUCGGCUCUCACAAAACCAACAAAUCUCAUAAGAUACCUGUCGAACGCAGCGCCAGCUACAGUGGCAUGAGCACCGAGACAUCCAGAGGAGCUGUCAAGCGCACAGGCAUUGAGACGGGCUACGACCCUCUAUCCCUGCUGGCAGCAGAGUCACAGUCCGAGCAGGAAAAUGAGGAUCAGUACCCAGAGGGGGACGAGGCCAGCACGCCGAGCGCCCGUAGGCACCUGGCCAGGGAGAUCGAGCUCUACAUGAACCACAUGGGCAGCCCGCUGAGCAGCCGUACACCCAGUCUGGACCUGCAGGACCCUGCCAGCCCCCUCCUCCUCCACCCCUCCUCACUCUCUGCCCCCCGCAGAGCCAGCCUGCCCCACACCUCCCCCCUCAGGACUGCUGGAGUAACGCGCUCCCGCACCUUCCACCCACCCUCGCCCUCCCAACCCAUCUCACGCCAACGUCUAUGGUCGUCACCGCCCUGUCGCAGCUCUAGCACCACCCCCAGCCCAUACAGUGAGAGGACAGACAGGAUAAGCCUGGCGUCACCUUCGCCCUCCUCCUCCUCGUUCGCUCUGGACACUCUGCUCACACCAACACUUGAUGUAUUCAAGACCAGUGUGUUCUCUGCUGGGAAGGGCGUGGCAGAGAAGGCAAGCCGCUGGUAUUCCCGCCUUGCCACAUACACCACACCUACCAAGGACGGUCAUAGUGACCGUCUGAGUGUGUCCUCCCUCGGUGCUGGGGAUCCAGACUGCUCCUCCCUGCUGGAUGAGGAGGAAUGUGGGGAGUCAGAGAGGUCCGAGGUCUCUCCACAGAGGAACGGCCCUGCGGGGCCCCGCAGGAGCCCCAGACGCAGCCCCCUCCGCAGCAGACUGGAUAGCCCCACUGCAGGCUCCAGCCUUGGGAGACCCACAUCUCUGCUCCCUGGAUGUGUCCUCUCGCCUCCUGGCUUCCCUCUACCAGACAAGUCGGACCUCGGCUCUUCACGCUACACCAGCAACACCAGCAUCUUCAACAACUACGCCAUGGAGCUGCUGAUCUCCAGCUGUUCUCGCUGUAAGACGUGUGACUGCCUGGUGUACGACGAGGAGAUCAUGGCUGGCUGGACGGCAGACGACUCCAACCUGAACACCACCUGCCCCUUCUGUGGAAACCCCUUCCUGCCCUUCCUCAACGUGGAGAUCAGGGACAUGCGAGGACCCGGCAGGCUUUUCCUGAAGGGCAGCCCGUCGGUGGAUGAGGCGAUGACCUCGUCGUACUCAGCCUCCACAGGUUUGGACACAGGGACCUCCACCUUGUCCACCCCCUGUCCUACAACAGCUGUAUUCCCUCCCUCCCCUGUGAUUGCUGUCCAGGAGUGCUCCGGGAGUGGAAGGACUCGAGCAACCAGGGUUCAAGGUAUCAACAUCCCCACAGACCGCCGGCAGGGGGCGCUGUCCCCCGGCACGCCCAUGGCCCGCAGCGUCAGCGCCUUCGGUCCUCUGGACGAAGCAUCCCGACUCAACCGCUGUGUGCCGACGUCAGGCAGCCUGCCCAGCCGUCUCAAUGAAACCACUGACCCGCUGAGUAUGGAGUGGCGGCUCCACAACCCCGAGCCGGUGACGGUUCCCUACCUGAGCCCGCUGGUGCUGUGGAAGGAACUGGAGAGUCUGCUGGAGAACGAGGGCGACCCGGUGAUCACAGAGGCCGACAUGGUGGACCAUCAUCCCAUCAUCUACUGGAACCUGGUCUGGUACUUCAGGCGGCUGGACCUGCCCAGCAAUCUGCCCGGUCUCAUCCUCACCUCUGAGCACUGCAACAGAGACUCCCAGGUUCCUCGUCACUGGAUGUCAGAGGACAGUAAACACGUGUUGAUCCAGAUCCUGUGGGACAACCUCAAGCUGCACCAGGACCAAAUCCAGCCUCUCUACAUCCUCUGGAACACAUACAAUGUGGGUUACCCUCUGUCCCGGCCGGUGUCGGAGGAGGAGAAGCGGUUCAGCGAGGAGUUACUGCAGAGUGUGGUGAAGAGCAUCCAGAGGAACGACGUCAGCCGGCCGAUGGCUCAGCUGCUGCAGCUGCUGGGCCAGACGCUCGGGGUCAAACGGCAGAGGAGUUUGUACAGGGACAUCCUCUUCCUCUCCCUGGUGGCUCUGGGAAAAGAUAACAUUGAUAUUGACGCCUUUGAUCGUGAGUACAAGUUGGCGUACGACCGCCUCAUGCCGAGCCUGGUGAAGCUGACCCAUAACUGUGACCGCCCUCCCAGCACGGGGGUCAUGGAGUGCCGCAGGACGUUUGGAGAGCCUUACCUGUAAACACUCACCUUCACACACCACGAUUAACUCUCACCACCCACGUCAUUGCUUUAAGACGAGCUCAGGAAACCUGUUGGAAGACUGUGAAUGUGCACUACGGUAACGUUAAGUGACCAUAAAGGUACAGUUGACAGCGAUCAGCGUUAUGUAGCCCGAAACAACAACAAAAAAGUUGAUGAUGGAAACACACACACACACACACACACCGUUCAUAAACAAUUUCAUCCAGUGGCGCUUACCUGGUUUCUUUGGAAAUCCUGUGAAAAUUAUACAAAUAUACUGUAAAUACACAGUUGAGGAUCUUUUUUAAAUGCAACAUUUAUAUUGUUUAGUCAUACAGCAUAUGAAGACUAAUAUUAGCAAUAUUUUAACUUGAACUCUAUUUAUACAAAGUAAGCUUUAUUUAUUGUAGUGUUUUAUGGUGUCCUGUGGUCGCUGGGCGUCGUCGUCUCGCAGUUUAAACCAGAGCGACCUGAACGCCCACUGCUCAUUUCCAACAAACCGUGGAAAAGAUGCUGCAGUGUGGAUUCAGUGUCUGUUGUAAGUGAUGACUUAGUUUCUGUGCUUUACGAGUUUAAAUUAGAGCUGCAAUGAUCAGUCAAUCCACAACUGUUUCGAUAAUUGAUUAAUGGUUUCAGUCAUUAUUCAAGCAAAAGUGCGAAACAUUCUCUGGUUCCAGCUUCUCAGAUGGGAGGAUUUCGGUAAAUGUCAAUUGAAUAUUUUCAGGUUUUGGACUGUUGGCCGGACAAAACAAGCAAAUAAGACAUAACAGUGGGAAAUUCUAAAUAGCAUUUUUCAUGAUUUUGUAACAUGUUGUAGACAAAACAAUUAAAUGUUUAAUCCAUGAAUUGACAAAUUAAUCAGCAGAUUAACCAGUAAUGAAAGUAAUCAUUAGUUGCAGCCCUAAUUUAAAUGUUUAAAACCACUUUUUAAGCUGCUUUUAAUGUUAGUCCUGUAUCUGAAGAUAAAUGUCCGCUGUGCUGCCACCACCAGUUACAAUACUGCUCUACAUUUCAUUAUAAUGUAAAGUUUUGUUCCAAAAACAGUAUAUUUUUAGUUUGUUUACAAAACAGUUUUUGAACUUUAAAUAUUUCAUCACCGUAUAAACAAUAAUAAACUUUUUUUUUUUUUAGUUUUCUUCACCAGUGGAAAGCUGCGCUGUUCGUUAAAUCAAAUCUCAGUGUUACUAUUCAUCGUCUUCGUACUAAACGUGUUGACUAUUUGGAUGAAGGGAGGCCGCUGACGCAACACACACACACACCUGUGAUCAUCAGGUGUCGUUUACAUGAAUUUCCACGGUUUUAUCCAAAUUGAGGGAUUAAUUUAAGGUUCGGAGAGAGCUCACUACAGUAUUAACGGUUUUUCCCAAAUAUACAGAAGCUGCUCUGAAAAACCAAAUAAGAUGCCAGCACAGUCACUUUUCUGUCCGUGGUCACUGUCAACGCUGAUCAACAAUGAUUUAACACACAUUUUGGCCGCCAUUUUGUUGGUUUACGGUUCUUCACAAAAGCCUAGGGAAAAAUCUAAUAUAUAUCGCAACUUGGAUUUUAUUUUUGUAGUUUUAGCCUCAUUUCUGUCGGUUACUAUAACACUGUACUCACCAAAAAAAAAAAAUUGCUGCCACCGCUACAACGAAGUCCGACAAUCAGACAACAAACAAGUUUAUCCAGAUUCCCUAAACCACUUUAUUUGGAGGUAAAACAGGAAGUGAGCACAUGUGAUUUGUUGGUAAUGAUCCCUCAUUACACAUCUUUCGUUUAUGCUUUUGUUUUACACCUGUGGUACAAAUUGUUAAACCAGCCUCUGGUUCUUCAACCACACAACUGAAUGUUAAUGCAGUCUCGUGUUAGGCCUGCGACAGUAUUGAAUGACUUAAAUCUCAGAACCGUUCUGUUAUGCCGGGUUCAGACUACACAGAUAUUUGUCUGUUACGAUGGUCACUGUGUCAGAUUAGGCGAGUCAAAUUCUUGCAGAGAGACAUGUCAGACUACACAUUGGCUCUCAACCAUUCAUAGCCUGUCACGAUUUGCGUGAUGUCAUUGGGAAGGAUGUGCUAGGGGCCGACUUCCAGGAGCAAGAAUGUAAACAACCAAUGGCGUCCGAUGCAGUGUGUGUGAUGCUGUCUUGUGUUCGCCUAAAAAAAAUAAAUAAAGAAAAACGACUGCGACCUUAACCUCUGUUUCACAGUUCCACCUCGCAGCACCAACAGCAUCAUUCCUCCUUCACUUCGCCAUGUUUACAGUUGAACAGCUCUUAUUGGUCAGCGUUUGAAACAUGUUGUGGAAUUUUUCAAACUCUGCGAGAGAAGGCAAAAUAAAUUCCUGACACGCUCGUCUUUCUGUCGGGACGUAGUGCGGCGUCGGUUGUCGUCCAUUAUGAUACACUAAAAAACAAUCGAUUGUCGUGCCCGGCGCCCUACGUCUGUCGGGUUGAGCCGUUAUUGGGCUGAUAUCUUGUAGUCUGAAUCCCACAUUAGUGUGUUUCCGUAUGACUCGAAGGGGACAAACUCAAGCCAUUGUGCUGAUGAGCUCUGAAUCAUUGUUUUCUGCAAUUUCCCCAAGCUGCAUUGAGAUUUUAUGAUUGUCAUUGCUUUGUUUUUACUUUCAAAUAUCUGGGUUCUAUAAAAAGCCCAUGGUGCAGCAGAGACGCCACAGCUUUGGGAAAAUGUUUUAAAUAUGCCCCAAGGUAACAUCCGGCCAUCUUGUUUCAGUACCUGCUGUAUGUAAGUCAUACAGCAGCUUUAUUGCCACCAUAUCAACUUGAAACCAAAUUUCAGUGCUCACAGGAAAUGCUAAUGAUGCAGUAACAGAUGGCAGAAUAGCGGUUUUUAACGUUUGCUGUUUCAGGAAACGCGUUAGAACCACAUUGAACAGAACUUCUAGAUCCCUCUGAAGCAAAUGUCCAACUGUGUUUCAUCAGUGCAAAGAUUUUUUAUCAAAACAUGCUGCUGUUUCCACGCAGAUCAUCCUCUACUCUCAUGCAGCACAAAUGGGAAAAUUUAAACCAUCAAUAUCCAGAUUUUGUUUUAGUCCAAACCAUUUUCAAGCUGUUUCGUCUCUACAGUCACUGAAAACUAGAGAGUUCAUAUUCUGUGUUAGUCUGAGGGGAUGGACAUGACUGACUGAGUUUUAUUUAACAUGCACUAGUGUUUUGUAAAAGCACGGCAGGUAAAUCAGGACUUUAAUAUUGAAAAUGCAAAACAAAACGCUCACAGGACGCACAAAUGUGUAACUUCAUAUUUGCGAAUGUUUACAUACUGAGGUUUAUAAAUGGGUUGAAAGAUUUUUCUUCUGGAUGCAAAAUCUCUGUACACAUUUGCACGUCUACUUCUGCAUUUUUUAUAGGUAAAGUGUGAUUUUAUUUACACGAAAAUGAGGGAAGUGAAACAGAUAUUUGUCGCGGGUUAUUCAAGUUUUGAAGAAUGUGGGAGAUUCUGUCGGGAAAACCUGACCAAAUAGAUUCUGGAUAGAACUGGAUUUUGGCCGGAUAAGAACUUGUCAGUGUCACCACACAUUAUUGUUUCCAUGUAUAUGUUAAUCAAAAGUGAUGACUGACAGACUGAUAUGAUGGUUGAAGGAGGACCCUCGAGUCUAAACUCAUGACGGUCUCAUGAAUGUCGACCACGUGUGUGAUUUGUGGAAACCAAUACUGGAAAAGUCAGCAAGCUGCACUUUGCCCCAAAAAGUGAACUGACUGCUUUUAGCUUGAUAAUCCUGUCGAGCCGGCGGGUCCAAGGGGACACGCUGACUUUGAUGUCAGCAGCUGGAAGAGCUGCCAUUCAUCUGUGGAUUUUUGUUGUGUUAAAAAGUUGUACAAAUGAAUGAUUUUGCAGAAUCUGGGGCCAUGUACAUUUUAACUCGCCCUUUGUAGAAAUCACAUUUUAUAACAGUUUAUUCACACAUGUAAAGGUCCUUUAAUAGCUGUGGUGAAGGUUCUGUACAGCGACCAGAUCUACCGGACUGUUUAAUUGUAAAUAAAAUCACUUACAUGCUCA